AUGAAAAACACACUCCAAAGAGCCAUUAUUUGGCUCGGAGCCGUCUUCAUAGCCUGGCAUAUAAUUUCACUGCUCUUCUCCGGCGGCUCAUCAAAAUCCAGCCGUCCAAGCUCCGAUACACAAUCACAAUCCCCCAAGCUAAGCGGAGAUACCCAAAGAGCCGCGGCGAUUGUCGAGGCUUUCCGGUUUUCGUGGGAUAAAUAUGAAGAAUUCGCUGCGCCUCACGAUACGUUGUUGCCUAUCAGCAAGAAAUAUGAGGACGACCGUAAUGGCUGGGGUGCCACGGCUGUUGAUGGUCUGAGUACGGCAAUUAUCAUGGAGGAGGUUGAGAUUGUGGAUAAGAUCCUGAGACAGAUUGCUGCUACGGACUUUACUGUGACGGCGGUGCCUGAUCAACCUAUCUCGCUGUUCGAGACUACUAUUCGAUAUCUCGGAGGCCUAUUGUCGGCCCAUGACUUACUUUCUGGCUCGUACAAACACCUCAUCAAAGAUGCCCAUCUGAGGAACAAUCUCCUCAAAGCAGCAGUCAUUCUUGCAGACAGGCUCAGUAUCGCAUUUGACACACCAAGCGGUAUACCAGACGACGAAAUCAUCUUCAACCCUAUCCCCCGUCGAUUCGGCAACAUCGACAACUCCAUCACAUGCUUUGGCACGCUCGUCCUCGAGUGGACCAGACUGAGCGACCUCACCGGCAACAAAACCUAUGCCGCUCUCGCGCAGAGAGCUCAGGCUCAUCUGAUCCGUCCCAAGACGAACCAAGAGUUCACCCUGCCGGGUCUGGUGGGCACGUAUGUCAAACUGGAUAAUGGCUACUUUGGGGAUUACCAGGCGGGUUGGGGCGGCGGCUCGGAUAGCUACUACGAGUACCUCAUCAAGAUGUAUGCGUACGAUCCUGACGCUUUUGUUGAGUAUGGAGAUAGUUGGAUCCAGGCGGCUGAGACGUCGAUGCGUCAUCUGGCAUCUUCGCCGUCAACGAGGCCAGAUCUUACCUUUUUGGGAGAGAUGCGUGGAAGCACGCUCAUCCCAGUCUCAAGUCACUUGGCAAGUGUUUGCGGCGGAUCUCUCAUCCUAGGCGGCUUACUCUUGCAGAACCAGACCUUUGUCGACUUUGGUCUCAAGCUAUCAGAGUCAUACUUCGAAGUCUACCGCCAAAGUCCCGCGGGCAUCGGCCCCGAGCUAUUCCGCUGGGUCGACGACGGCCGCCAGCCCCUAGUCAAACCAGCAGCCAACCGUCUCCCACCACCAAAAUGGCAAUCCUUCUACGAAAAGAGCGGCUUCUACCACACCAACGCGGAAUACAUCCUGCGGCCCGAGACUAUCGAGAGUCUGUACUACGGCUACCGCGCGACGGGCGACAAGAAAUGGCAGGACUGGGCGUGGGAGGCUUUUGAGGCGCUCAACAGGAUGAGUAAAGUCGAGGGCGGGUACACGGGGUUGAGGAGCGUGAUGCAGCCCGCGGAUGACGAGACGAGGCAGUUUGUGGAUAAGAUGGAGAGCUUUUGGCUGGCGGAGACGUUGAAGUAUUUGUAUUUGAUAUUUGCAGAGGAUUCGGAAAUGCAGAUUAAGAGUGAUGGGAGGAUGAAAUAUGUACUCAACACUGAGGCCCAUCCGUUGUUAAUACGGGGGAGGUAG